AUGCGUCCACGGCACGAUUCCUCGGCGCCGUCGGUCGGCGGUGAGAGUCGGGACUCGAAACUGAGCAGCCGCUCCUCCACCCCCAAAAAGUACCCGUUCGGCGGACUGUUGCGGCGCGAACUCCACCUCCACAACUUUUUCCACCGCUCCCGCAACCCACGCCGUUUCAGUCCCCAACCCGCCGUCCCAAAGCCGCAGCUGGAGCAGGGCGAAAUGCCCGGCAGCUCGGGCCGAAUCCCGGCCAGCUCCAGCUCCGGCGGCUUCCACGCCCACAUGCUCGGUGUGGGCACGGCCGGGCAACACGCGCGACGUGAAUCCUUUCUGUACAAGCUGAACGAUGAACGCGACUUCGCACCGGUCUCAACGUCCGGCUGUCGACCCGUCUCCAGGGCCAGCUCGGUGGCUUCACAAGAUCCGCAGUAAGUUUGAAUUUCAUUCUGUAGACUUGGCUUGAACUUUACUCAGCAAAAAACUUAAAAUUGAUUAAAUUUUUUAUUUGCUUACUGUACCAAAAGUCAAAUAACACUUCUUAAAAAUUGAUAAAACGUGUUUUUAGACCAUUUUAAGGCUUUUUGAAAGUGGAAGUUGAGUGGAAGAUUUUUAGUGCAAAAUACAUUACAAAUCUUCCACUGAACUUCCAUUUCUAAAAAGUGUCAAAAACGUGUUUUUAGGCCAUUUUAAGACAUUUUAAAAAAUAGAAGUUUGGUGGAAGAUUUUUAGUGCAAAAUACAUUACAAAUCUUCCACUCAACUUCCAUUUUUACAAAAUUGUUAAAAACAUUUUUUUAGGCCAUUUUUUGUCUAAAAACCUUUAUAAACCCCCAAAUUUCAUGCCUAAAGAUCUUUUCUUCGAAAUUUCAGCUCUUUUCUUCAAAUUUCGGGCCCAAACCCAAUAAUUUGAAACGAAAUAUAAAACCGCCUUAAGGCCCUUAAGCAUUGGGUUUGUAUUUUGCCAAACGUAGACGAAUAUUUAAUUAACAAACCAAGAGGAUUUUGAAAAAAAAAAUUGGCGGCCCCAAAAACCCACAAGGCUUUUAUUUAAUAAGGGGGGGGAAGGGAAAACCUCGGCGAAAACGUUUUUUCGGCACUCGACCAGAAGAGAGAUUGUCUUUUUCGGCCGGCAAUCUACUAAAACCGCCUCGAAAAUGCGCUUAUAUUUAUGGCAUAUCUUGUUGUUAUCUUUGUGUGCAAAUACAUGCCGGAGGCGGUUCUUUUGUGGGUUGGGAUUUGGAGGCUCUAAAGCCGAUGGUAAAAUUUCAAAUUUUGGGUUGUGGGUUUUUCUUAAGGUUUUUGAAGGUUAUGGGGGGGGAGAGAUUUGAAAGGCGGCACGCUAGGCUUGGAUUGACUUUUGUGGCCUAGGGCUGCACCAAAGAAAAUUUUAAAGGGACGGUCAAGGCGAGUCAAAACAACUUUGAAAAGGCCCAUGCCGGCAUAUGUGGGUCUCAAGUCUAGGCUUAACCUACGACCCCAAAGGCUCAGCUUAGGUCCCACAACGAAAGAUUUGACUUGCAAAAACUGAAAAUUUAGAAAAGACUAGGCCAGGCCAAAGCAAAUUUUAAAGAUGACGGGCCACACCAUAUCAAAUUUUAAAACUAUUUAGGCCUCAAGGCCGGGCCUAACUUAAAGCUUCAGGAGUACAGCUUAGGUCCCGCAACGAAAGAUUUGACUUGCAAAAAAAUACAAAAUUAAGGAACCAGGCCGUGCCAAAACUAAUUUUAAAUAAGACGGGCCGGUGUUAAAAGGCAUUCGAUAAGGGCGGGCUAGACUAGGCCGAAACAACUCUGAAAGAUGCCGGGUCGGUGUAAGUAAGUCCAAGGGCCCAAACGAAGGCUUGUCUUGUGGGACGGGCCAAAAAAAUUGGACCUGGCCUGGAUUUUUUACAGGUUUAGUUGUGAGUUUUAUGGACGGUUUUUAAGGUUUAGAAGAAGGGGUUAAUUUUAAUCGAUUUUGAAAACGUUGAAACGUCGGCGGUUUUAAAAGGGCAUGAGGAUUGUGCGGCUGAUGGAUGCGCGAGCUCGUGCACAAUUCUCGUAGAGGUUCAAUGUUUCGGCUGGCGUAUGAAAAUAUCAUGGUAGGCUUAGGUCUUUAGGCUUGCGCAUAAAAUUUUUAAAGACUCAGGCUUAGGCUUAGGCGUGGGCUUGGGCUUAGGUUUAGGCUUAAACUUAGGCUUAGGCUUAGGCUCAGGCUUAGGCUUAGGAUUAGGCUUAGGCUUAGGCUUAGGACUCAGGCUUAGGCUUAGGCUUAGGCUUAGGCUUAGGCUUAGGCUUAGGCUUAGGCUUAGGCUUAUGCUUAGGCGUGGGCUUGGGCUUAGGUUUAGGCUUAGCUCUUUAGGCUUAACCCUUUAGGCGUGUGUUUAAAAUUAUCAUACUAGGCUUAGCUUUUUAACCUUAACUUCUUAGAAUUAGCUGCUUAGGCUUAGCUUCUUUAAGCUUAGCUGUUUAGACUUAGCAUCUUAGGCUUAGUUUCUGAGACUUAGGAAAAAACUCAUUAUGGUAGGCUUUUGGUACCUAAAAAGUAAAAACGAUUGGUAAGAAGCUAAAGCAAAAAGAACGACAAUAGCCUAAUAUAUUAUUAUUUUGCGACAAAUAAGUAAUUUUAUAUUGUUUACGGCGCUCAAAACCAAAACUAAAACACUUUUACAACCCUAUUUGGUAUACGAAUGUUCACUUUUUCGAUUUCAAACGCUCAGUGUUUGUUUCACAUUGACUUCCUACGUAGUUUUGAAGCUUUAUGUGAUCCUAUUUACAAUCAAAAAAGUAAAGUUAGGCAUAGGAGGAGUAGUUAGAAAUGCAGUCAAAGCGUGGUUAAAACUUUGCCUCAGCCCUAGCCCAGAGCCUUGCCCUAGUUUAACUUAGCUUUAGUUCUAGCCUUGCUUUGAUUUGUUUAGUCUUGCUUAGCCUAGCCUAGCUAUAGAAUUAGCUUUAGCUCCAGCCUCAGUUUUGGCCGCUCUAGCUCAAGCCCUAGUCCUGCUUAGUCUAGCUCUGUCCUUAGCUUUCACUUUGCCUUGACUAGACUUGCAUUUUCAAGCCUUGACUAGCCUUUAUUACCUCUAGCCUAGCUUAGCCUUGCCAUAAGUCAAUAGUUGCUCUUCGCUAGCUCUAGCUAUUGAGAAUAUUGAUUUAUUGAUUUUUCGAAAGCUAAGCGCAAAUAUUGAUUUCCCAAGUAUCAAACAUGUAACACAAAUUGUUAGUUUAAUGAGCAACUUUAUACGCAGCGCUAGACAAACACUCGAAGCCGAGACAUAUGUGCUAACAAUGUUCUUAUAAACAAAACUUUUGAAAUUUCCAAAAAAGUGGGCGAUUAAAACUUUUAUUCAAUAAGUCUUGGUUUUGAUGUAAUGACUAGGUGUUACACUUACGGGGAAAAAAAAUUUUGGGGCGUUAGAGGUUGCUUUUUUUUGUUAUAGAAAGGUUUGUUAGGCUUAAGUUUAGGCUGAGGCUUAAGCUUAGAUUCAGGCUUUGGCUUAGGCUAGGGUUAGGGUUAGGCUUAGACUUAGACUGAGGCUUAGAUUUAGGCUUAAUCUUAGGGUUAGGCUUAGGCUGAUGCUUAGGCUUAGGCUUAAGCUUAUGCGUAGGCUUAGGCUUAGUCUUAAAUUUAGGCUUAGGCUAAAAAUUACCCUUAGGCUUAGGCUUAAGGUGUAGGCCUAAGUUUAAGCUCAAUUUUAAGCUGAGGUCUUGACUCAUCUUUAUCUAUAACGUUUGCCUAAACAAUAGCUCUAGUCCGACCUUUUAGUCUUAGGCUUAGCGCUGACACUAUUCGUACUGAACUAGGUAACAUUAAAACCAGCUACAGCCGUACUUGCCUAAAUAACAUUCAAGCCCGCCUUAGCCGUACUGGCCUACAUAGGUAACAUUCAAGCUAACUUUAUACGUACUGACCUAGGUAACAUAAUCCAAGUUCGUACCCGCCUACGAAGCGAACAAAGCCCUCAUUCCCGAACAUGUGUAUUAGUAUUGCACUUGUACUCGGUUGAGAGGAGAAUAAGGUGGAAACGCGACGUCAACGACCUUUUGUGCCUCCCGUCCCCCCCCUCCCUUCCUUUAUUUGGCCAACUAUUCUUGUGCGAAGCAGCAUUUUACACUGCCUUCUAUCGGUUUUUAACGUUUCACAAAUAUUUUUUUCCUUUUUGCACCACCACUUAUGUCGUGGUGAUGAAGAGAAAAGGGCAGGGGGGAUACGUUCUUUGUCGUCCAUAUUAAUUUUGCAUUAUUAGCGCGGAGGGAAUUGAAAUUUGUGAAAGUGGGGACACGAUAACCUAAGACAACAUAAGGGUAUUGGUAAUGGAAGGGCAUUGGUGGUUGGGAAAAUAUUAUUAUAUUAUAGUAGGGGUUUUUAAAUUUGUAAAGAAUGAAUGAAAUUGGUUAAUAGAUUAGGCUUAGCUUAGGCCUAAAGUUUGGCUAGAGGCUGAAGCUUGGAAUUAGGUUUAGGCCAAGGCUUUGGUUUUGGAUUAGGCUUAUUCUUAGGCUUAAAGUUAAACUUAGAUUUGGGCUUAGCUUUAGGCCUAAAAUUAGAAUUAAGUUUAGGCUUAGGCUUGGUCUUAGGCUUGGGCUUAGGCUUAGGCUUAGGCUUAGGCUUAGGCUUAGGCUUAGGCUUAGGCUCAGGCUUAGGCUUAAUAAAUUAUUACGUCCCGUCUUACUUAGGUUUUUUUGAGGCACUGGAUUGGUUGGAUUUUUUAGUCGGCUUAGACUUAGGGUUUGGCUUAGGCUUAGGCUUAGACUGAGGCUUAGUGUCAGGCUCAAGCUCGGGCUUAGGGUUUGGUUAAGGCUUUGGUGGCUUGGGCUUGAACCUUGAACUUGGGUUUGUGCUUUGCCUUUUUUACAGGCUUCUGUUCAAUUUUAUUUUUAGGCUUAGGCUUAUUUUGAGACAUAGGUUUAGAUACCUCCCCCUGAUUAAAUAAGUUAGCUAGAUUUUAACCUAAAAAUCGACAUAUUUACAAUUGAGUAUCCGAAAAUGGCGUUUAUCUUAAUCCAUUUUGUUUUUAUUGCUUUUUACUGGCCUUAAAGUGUACUUUGCUAAUGCUGCUGCACUUAAUCGCUAGUAUUAUGUUGUUCACGUGCGUAGUAAAUACGUUGGCAUUAAUACUUAUACUUUAAUAUUUUUACAUAACUUUAGCUAUAGCCUUAGUUUUAUGUUUAGGCUUGGGCUUAAGUUUAAGGUUCGGAUUACGUUUAGAAUUAAAUUCAGCUUUGGAUUUGGGCUUAGAAUCAGGCUCAGGCUUAGGCUUAGUCUUAGACUUAGGCUUAGGCUUAGGCUUAGGCUUAUUCUUAGGCUUAGGCUUAGGCUUGGUCAUAUGUUUUGGCUUAGGCUUAACUUAUGUUUAGGAUGACGUUUCGGCUUAUGUUAAGGUUGAAGCGGAGUGUUAGGCUUGGACUUUAUCUUAGUCUUCGGAUCACCUUUGUUUUAGCAUUAGGUUGGCCUGACCUUUGUUAGCCUUAGGCUUAGCGCUGACUUUAUUUUUUUCCUAUUUUUGUUUAAAAAUUUUUAGUUUCUUUAAAUUUUAUUUUCGAAAUUUUAAAAUUUUCGUUAUAUACAGUUUGUUAUGUCUCGCUAUUAAACCGGUCGAGAAAAUGCGAAAUUCAAAAUGAAAAGAUUUUAGCGGUUGGUGUUGUGAAAUGGUUUAAAAGCUGUAACCCUCCCUCCUGGCUGGUCUCGUGUGUUGUUCAAACUGGAGAAGGGGUUGUCCGAACACAGGAAGACCUCCUGUGUUCUGCCACACUCUCCAGCGUUUCCGCCGCUGAGUGGUGUGAAGCGGCGGAAAUCAUCAUGUCUAAACGUUAACCAUUCGUUCACGGGUAUUAAAAGGUACAAUGACUGUGGGGUUUGGUACACUAGGCCUGAAAGGGAGUUCAGUAAAGGCCAGCUGCGAAGCGGGCCGGGCUGUACUGGGUCUAAACUAUAUUUUUUUUAAGAGGCUGGACUGAACCUGCUUGUUUGAGCUCGCAAGCUUGAGUUAGAUUAACCGUAGCUUGGUUUUAGUCCGGCCUGUCCCUAAACGGGUUUGGCUCUAGUCUGGCCCCGCCCUGGGUUGGGUCCAAAUAAACUUUAAAAGAAUGGGCUGGACCGUGCGGACUUGAGGGUUAAGCUUAAAUAAAGGCUGAUUUAACCUCAUUCUAGCCCAGUUUUAGUCUGGCUCUUCCCGGGCUUGGCUGAAACAAAUUUUAUGGGUCGGGCCGGAUCGUGUCAGCCCGGGAGCUGGAUUUCAAUGAUGCUCGGUUUUAACCAGGCGCGGCCCUGGACUGGGCCAAAAAAAACUUUAAAAGGGCGGUUUGGAUUGUUCUGACUUGAGCGCCAGGCUUAAAUGAUAUGUGGUUCGACCUUAGUCUAGCCUAGUUUCAGCUUGGCCCAGCUUUAGUCUCGCCCCUCCCGGGCUUGGCCGAAGCACAUUUUAUGGGAAGGGCUCAUGUGAAACUGAGUGCUAGAUUUUAAUGACGCCCGGUUCCAGCCAGGCCUGGCCCUGAUCUGGGCCAAAAAAAAAUUUAAAAAGGCAAGUAGCCUGGUCCAGAACUAGUCUGGCACGGCUUUAACCUGGUCUGACUUUUAGCUAAGUCAAAACAAAUUUUAAGAGCUUCCGGGCCGGACUGGAUUGGGUAGAUCUGAGGGCCUGGCUUAAAUAAAAGUCUUAGGAGCCCAGGUUAGGUCCCACAAUGAAAGAUUUGACAUUUAAAAUUAAAAUCAAAAGUUUAUAAAUCAAUGCUAAUCAACCUUCCAAAUAUUAAGCUAACCAACUCAUUUCCAGACAUGGUGAUGAUCUCAUAGUAACACCGUUCGCUCAACUCUUGGCAUCGUUGCGGAAUGUGCGUGCCAACUUCGUUGCCAUAACCAACCUACCCACGGACGAGGAGAAAUAUAAAGCGCAAAAGAAGCUGCCACUUCAUACCCAAACCCUUACCGAACCCGCCUUAUCAUGUGCUCAGGAAACGCUGGAAGAGCUGGAGUGGUGCCUGGACCAGCUCGAAGCCAUCCAGCUGCAUCGGUCUGUCUCCGAAAUGGCUUCCAGCAAGGUAAGAAGGGCCUACCUUACAGUACCGAUUAUUCUACCCUAUACAAUCCUACCCUACCCUAUUCUACCCUACCCUACUCCACCCUACCCUACCCUACUCUACCCUACCCUUCCCUACCCUACCCUACCCUACCCUACCCUACCCUACCCUACUCUACCCUACCUUACCUUUCUCUACCCUACUCUAAUCUACAGUAUCCUACUUUGCGUUGCCCAACUCUAGCCUGCUGCCCUACGUAUCCGGACUUGUGUGUCCUACCCUGCCCUGCGAGACUCUGCUCAGUCUUGCCUUACUACCUUCCCCAACCUUACAUUACCAAACCUUUCUCCGUGCUGCCCUACCUUAUUCUAGCAUUUUUUCUACCCCCCUACCCUAAAAAGCGCAAAGACCUUAGCUCUAUUAAAACCUGCCAUACAAGACAAUACUUGAAACACCCCCUAAUCCAAAUUUAUUUUAGUUCCGAAAGUUGUUGAACAAGGAGUUGAGCCAGUUCGCGGAGAGCUCCAAAUCGGGUACACAGGUCACCAAAUUUUUAAUCAAUACUUAUAUGGACAGAGCUGAGGAAGAAGGCAACGAUGCGAAUGAUGUAAGGUUUAAAUUCCAAAAAUUUUUAAUUAUUUUGUUUUAAAUAUUUUUUAUUUUAUUUAAUUUUUUGAUUUUUUUUUAUUUUUAAACAUUAUUUAAAAAAUAUUUAAAAUUUUUAUCAUUUUAAAAUUAUUUUUUUUAAUUUAAAAAUGUUUUUUAAAAAAUUAUUAUAAAAAUAUUUUAAAUUUUAUUAAAUUUUUGUAAAUUUUUUUAUUUUUAAAAAAGUAAUUUUCAAGUAUUUUUUAUUUUUUUUUAUUUUGGAAUUUAUUUUUAUUUUAAAUUUUUAUCGGUUUAAAAUUAUAAAAUUAUAUUAAAAUUAAUUUUUUUUUAAUUUUUUUAAUAUUUUUUUAUUUUUUAAAUUAUUUUAAAAUUAUUUUUUUAAUUUAAAUUUUUUUUAUUCUUUGAAAUUUUUUUUAAUUUAUAAUAUUUUUUAAAAAUUAGUUUUUUAAAUUUAAACAUUUUUUUAUUUUUUCAAAAUUAUUUUAAAUAUAUUUUUGUUUUAUUUAAUAUUUUUUAAUUUUUUUUAUAAAAUUUUUUAAAACAUUUAAUUUUUUUUUUUAAUUCUGAUGGCUAUGGCAUUUUUUCGUAUUUUUGCCAUUUCAGAAAAACACCUCGAAAUCAGCGACGUCGAACUGCUCCAGUCCUCAGAUGUCAUUGUUUAACAAAGCCAAAACUGCCGCCAUGUCAAAGAUAUCGGGUGUACGACGAUUGCGUGCGCCAGUCCACGCCGGCACGCUGCCAGAGUAUGGGGUGGAGUGUCAGAAAGAGAUUGUCGUCUAUAUGGAUCGUGUAAGUGAUCAUUUAAGCCUAGUAUUACCUCAUGGUUAAGGAGGUCACUGGAGGAGGUGGGAGUAGGUAAAAGUAGGGGUAAUGCAGGGCUAAGGCUUAGGCUUAAACUUAGGCUUAGUCUUAGUCUUAGGCGUAGGCAUAGGCUAGGGCUUAUGUUUAGACUUAAGCUAGGGCUUAGGCUAGGGCUUAGGCUUAGGCUUAAACUAGGGCUUAGGUUAGGGCUUAUUAGACUAGGGCUUAAGCUAGGGCUUAGGUUUAGGCUUAAGCUUAGGCUUAAUCUUAGGUGUAGGCUGGGGCUAAAGCUAGGGGCUAGGGCUCUGGUUUAGAGCUGUGGGCUAGGCUAUGAAGUUAAAAUUUUAAUUUUAAAAUUUCAGUUAAUGGACUGGGGGAUCAACGUGUUCAAGAUCAACGAGCUUUCGAAAGGUCACGCUCUAACCUCAAUCACCUACACUAUUAUGAGAGAACGUGACCUUCUAAAACAGUUCGACAUCCCAGCCGCCACCUUUGUAACGUACCUACUGAACCUAGAGCAUCACUACAAAGACAACCCCUACCACAAUCAGAUCCACGGUGCUGACGUGACCCAGUCCAUCCACGUCCUCCUCUCCUCAACCGCCCUCGAGGGCGUGUUCAGCGACCUCGAGGUGCUGAGUGCCGUAUUCGCGGCGGCGAUUCAUGACGUCGACCAUCCCGGCUACACCAACCAAUACCUCAUCAACACCAACAACGAGCUGGCGAUCAUGUACAACGACGAGUCGGUGCUGGAGCAGCACCACCUGGCGGUGGCGUUCAAGUUGUUGCAGGAGUCGAGUUGCGACUUUCUGGUGAACUGGAGCAAGAAGCAGCGCCAAGCCUUCAGGAAGAUCGUCAUCGAGAUGGUGUUGGCUACGGACAUGUCGAAGCAUAUGUCAUUGUUGGCCGACCUGAAGACGAUGGUCGAGUCCAAGAAGGUGGCUGGAAGUUCGGUGCUGCAGCUGGACAAGUACAAUGAUCGGAUUCAGGUGCUACAAAGUAUGAUACAUUGUGCUGAUUUGUCGAAUCCAACCAAGCCUAUCGAGAUCUAUCGUAAUUGGAAUCAGCGGAUUCUGGAAGAGUAUUGGAGGCAGGGUGAUAGGGAGAAGGAAGUUGGACUAGAAGUUAGUCCAAUGUGUGACCGAUACAAUGUUACUAUUGAAAAGUCUCAGGUGAGUCAGAAAUACUCUACCAUAUCGUACCUUACCUACCCUACCCAACCCUACCCUAUCUUACUGUAUCUUAUCCUACACUAUCCUACCCUACCCUACCGUAUCCUACCGUACCGUGUCUUGCUCUGCCCUGUCUUACUGCACCCUUCUUUGUCCUGUCGUACCAUGCCGUGUCCUAGCGUACCCUGCUUUGCCUUGCCGUUUUUCUAUCUUACUUUACCGUAAUCUUUCCGACACUACUGUUUCUUACCCUACUCUGUUUUUUCUACCCUAAGAUACCCUUCUCUACUCUAUUCUACCUUGACUCUAUCCUUCCCGACGGUACUCUAUUCAUACCGUACCUUACUCUACAAUACCCUCAAUCUUCUUUACUUUACUUUGAAAUACUUUUAAUUUACUCUGUCCUACCUUUUUGCACAAUAUUUUUAUUUUACUUUACCCUACCUCAUCUAAAAAUGUUUAAUAACCACCCCUUUCCAGGUCGGCUUCAUCGACUACAUCGUUCACCCCCUCUUUGAAACCUGGGCAGAGCUCGUCCACCCCCAUGCCCAAUACAUUCUCGACCAGUUGGAGGACAAUCGGCAAUGGUACUUGUCGCGGAUACCGGACGAGCCAGUACGUCAGAUCAAUGAAGCUACAGAGGACGAGGAGGAAGAACAGGUCCUGAAGCCGACUCCAGGGCAACUUGACCCAAUCCCAUCGCCCGACCAGUCGUUGGGCGAGUCGGUGGAUCUGCCUCAUAAUUGAUUCACGGUGGAGUAGGGAUUUGUAAGCUAAAGGGUACUGAAGGUGAGGAAGAAGAGGAAGAAGAGGAUGAAGAAGAUGAAGAAGAAGAAGAAAAUGAAGAAGAAGAAGAAGAAGAUGAUGAUGAUGAAGAUUAAGAAAAAGAAAGAAAAGAAAAAGACAAAGAAGAAAAAGAAGAUGAAGAAGAAGAACAACAACAACAAUAACAGUGUCAAAGAUGUAUAA